AGACGGAAUAAAGAACGACCACUCUUCAAUGUUUGUUCUCGUCGUGGCUGACCAAAACAGCAUAUAUUAUAGGUUUUAUAAUGCAGCAGUUUGAUAAUCCAUAUACUUAGAAUUACUAAUUAAUAUGAUCCAUUGGAUCUCGCUGAUAUAUAAAUUGUUAUGGAUGUUAUUUAUGGAGUCUACUUCGACAUUAAUAACAUUUGGGGAAGGGAGCUGUGACGGGCCCUUUACGCUGACCCCACUAGAAAACUUGACUAUAACUCAUGUAACAUCCACAACUGCCAGCGGCUUUUGUCAGGACCUAAUUUUUAGUGGUUGGGACAGCAUCAAUAGCCAACAGAGAGAAGUUUGUGUAAAGUUAAUAAAGAAUCAACUACAAUGUUCCCAGAGACUCGAAUACAGGGUCCGCGAUUACGAUGCAAGUCCCUCCAAGUUGUACGACUGCGAUGACUCACCUGGGCAGACUCCAGUGUACUGCACUUUCGAUAGAUUGUACGUUAGGAUGAAUUCUGACGGGCUGGAGAGGAAGACCACCCGAGUGACGUACACGGUCUACAGCGGCCGGGAGCAGAACACAGAUUUUUCGUUCGACUACAAUAGUACCUCUUCCUCCUCAUACGUCGCCAUAAUCAUUGGAGUCCUGGGAUUGUUGGUGGCCAUUGUUGUUCCUGUGUGUUGUAUCCGACUAAAGAAAGCGCGUGAUAUGGAGAACCAGAACCGAGUAGUGACGUAUAGACGGAAUCAGCAGCCCAAAGUCGUCCACCAUUACCAUCAAGUUGAUAAGCAUAGAAAUCAGGAUGCCUUACCGGGCAGUGAACCAGUUUCAGGACAAAACAACCCUCCACAUGGUUAUACCCCACCAGCACGGUCGUUCAACCAGUUCGCCGGGUACCCUCCGUCCGGUGCGCCGACUGAGUACCAGUUGUCUCCCAGACCACACCUCAUAUCUCCCCAUACCUCUCUCAGUGAACAACAGCAAUCUACCGUCACCUUCUUAUGAAGAGGUGCUGAAACAGACAUUAUUGUGUUGUAGAAGUGUAACCAUAGCAACUAGACUGUAAAAAAAGUAGUUGAUAUCUUGAGUUUAAAAGUCAAAUUCAAAUAUUAUAAUAAUCAUUACAAUAUCUUUGCGACAAAGUAAUCAUUCAUAAAGAAUUAAAACCGUUGUUAAGGCGACAAGCCAGAAUAUUUAAAAUUUUUACCUGAAUUUGUUCUGCUAAUAUUUUCCUUUAUUUUGUAUUCUUUGUUUCAUUUUGUUUUUUGUUUGUUUAUUAGGGGGUUUGAUUUUUUUAUGGUAGCUCAACUAAGCUGAUAGCUGAAGUGAGAUUCUCUGAUCACUUUUUGUCCGGCGUCUAUCGAUAUGUCCCCCGUCCGUCUGCAGUAUUUGUUAGCCUCUUUUAAUAAUUCAUUUGUAAAGGGGAUUUAAUAGAAUUUAAAAAGAAGGCAAUGUCUUUCUACAAGGGAAAGAUAAUGAAGAAUUGUUGAAAAUGUUUGACAUUUGUAAAUAAUCUUACCAGAAACCAUUUUCCGUAAAAGGCUGACACUUGUGUGAAUCCAUCAUCAGGCAGUGCAGAUUCACAUUCACAUGAUCCCUGGGAGUAGAUUUGGGUUACUAUAUGGGUAAAAUUUUAACAUAGAAAAAAAUCUAAAAACUUCACAAGAACAACAAUGGUAUGAAUUAUGAUAUUACAUACAUCCCAGCAUCCUGACGUUGUUGAUUUUCAAUUGUUGAAACUGUGACAUUCGGACAAUUCUUUGGUUCGAGACGGGAUUUAAAGUUUAAUAUAAAUAUAUACAAAUAAGUGUGCAAAGUUUCUUUAGUUGCAGUACUUCUAUAUAUGUUGCAUGUAUAUGUAAUUAUCCUAAACAGGAAUUGACUGCUAAUUUUGUUGCUGAGAAUAUCGGUGCUGACCGUAAUGUUAAAUAGUACAAUUUGUCAUGUAAAUUUUAUUAAUUUCAUAUGAAAUUAAGAAAAUGGAGGCUUUUGAUAGGUGGUACCAAUUCUCGAAUAGAGACUUUCUUACCAUGUUUUAUGCACAUUCUUUAUAUUUGCAUUUGCCGUUUACAUGUUAAAAUGACAUAUUUAGAUAAUCGAUAUAUAGUUUUCAUUCGAUUAUUUUUAUUCAAUAAUUUGAUUUACGUUUCAUAUUUUUUAGUAAAUUGGGCAAUGAAUAAUGCAGAAAAUAUGUUUACAUGAUGCACACGUAGUACAAAGGUAUAUUUGUAUCAGAAAUGUCUAGCAUUUCAAGCAUUUCAUCCCCCCCCCCUCCCAACUUCCACGCAAAAUAUGUGUGAGCGGGAUACUUUGAAAUUUAAAACUCACUAAGUGAGUUAUUGACUUUUAUAUUUUCCUCUUUUUUUAUUUAAUUUUUGGUGAAUAAAAGGUGUUAUCUUAGGUAGUUAAACUAAGGUUAAUCACAAAAGUAUUUUCAGUAUUGUUAAAAUGUAAAUACCAAAAUAUGAUGAAAGCUCCAACUAUGUUUUAGAGUCGUCAAAAGUCCCUAAUUUUUUUUUAAAUAUUAGAUAAUGUAUUUAUCAUACAACCGAUGCAAAACACUGACUCCAGAUUAAAUAUAUUUUAUUUCGUAGGCUACAUACACCUACUCUUUAUUAACAUCAAAUUUAUAUGAAGCCUCGUUCAAUAUACUAAAGACACAUGUAAGUGUACUUGGGUAGUUUAUGUUGAGUCCAUCACACGUCUGACACAUACAUCUGUACCUUGGAUCUGAUAACUUUGGUGAAACAUUUACAAAUAAACGUGCAUGCACUUAUGAUCUGCAUGUACCCGUUCACUUAAAUAAUUCGGGAAAAAAACUAACUUCGGAAACAAAUUGUGUAAAAAUAAAAAUUAGACUUGGAAUUAAUCAUUUUUUCUCCACAUUUUACAUUGACACAAAUCUUUAUAUGAAAGAAAUAAAUAUAAUUAUUCGAGUCUCUU